AUGCCAAACAGUCAAUUAUGCAUGCCUUUUUGUAGGAGCUUACCGCCAAGCUCAAUUGGCUAUCGUCGCGUCAAGCUUGCCGUGUAAGCUUGCCUAAUUGAACACUAUCCUGCUCCACAAAGAAGGGUGUUUCCUAGAUAGCAAGCACGAUUGCUAAGAAUUGAAGCCUAUUAUAGGCACGUUACGUCUUACAAGCGCAGCCUUGCACAAUCGACACGGGGCUUGUGGCGCAGGGAGCGCUAAAAGCAGAAGCUAUCGGAGCUGCGCCCAAUGCAGUCGAUACUUCCAUCCCAACACGGCUGUCGCAGCUGCCUUCAGCCCUCUGCUUUGCGGCGUCAGUCGCCAGCGCUCGUCGCGGUGCCGUCGGGCAAUGUCGCUAGCACCAGUUACACCGCCCUCACUGCGACCGCAAACAGCAACCAAGCAGCUUCCUCCUCAGCAGGAUCAGACUGGUCCAAACGUCUGUUAGCGGUGGCAAACAACAAGCGGAAGAAAGCGGGCGGCAAUGGCACAGCAGCGGACAUCUUCUCGCCCGCCAAGCCAUCGUCUAGAACCUCCAGUAGCAGCGGCUUCGAAGACGACGCCGACAAUCUUGACGCCGACGAGUCCCUGACCAGCAUGGAGCCAGAACGCAAACGCAUCCCAGCAGAAAUGCGCUGCUUCGAUACUGCGCGCAUUUACAUUAAGGCAGGUGACGGCGGCAAUGGCUGUGUCGCCUUCCACCGCGAGAAAUACGUCGAGCACGGUGGACCCUCUGGCGGCACCGGCGGCCGUGGAGGCAACGUCUGGGCCGUCGUCGACGCCGACCUCAACUCCCUCUCCUCCUUCCGCGGGCAAGUCCAUUUUCGCGCGGAGGGCGGCGUUAACGGCCAGGGCAGCAAUUGCGACGGCGCGAACGCAGAGGACCUCCUCGUCCCCGUGCCCGCCGGCACCAUCAUCCGACGGAAAGACGCGGAGGAGGACGAACCUCCGCUCGCCGAGCUGCUCCGACCAGGUGAACGCGCUCUGCUUGCAACUGGCGGCCGUGGCGGGCGCGGGAACUUUUCCUUUAAGACCGCGCGCGAGCGCGCGCCGACCAUUGCGGAAAAAGGAGAGAAAGGCGAGGAACUCUGGGUGGAUCUGGAACUUAAAGUCGUGGCAGACGUGGGCAUCAUCGGCGUUCCGAACGCCGGUAAGAGCACGCUGUUGUCGGUAAUCACCGCUGCAAAGCCAAAGAUCGCAAACUACCCAUUCACAACGCUGGUACCCAACCUCGGCGUGUGCGAGAUGGACUACCGCACCACCGUCUUCGCGGAUGUUCCCGGGCUACUAGAGGGCGCACACGAGGGCCUGGGCCUUGGACACGAGUUCCUGCGACAUGUCCAGAGAUGCCGCCUGCUCGUCCAUGUGAUCGAUGGAACCAGUCCGGACCCGGUCGGCGACUUCAACGCAAUCAACCUGGAGCUCGAACUCUUCAACCCCGACCUUGUGGAAAAACCACAACUCAUCGCGUACAACAAGGUCGACUUGCCGGAUUCGGGAGAUUUCUGGGAGAUCGUGCGGGAGCAGUUGACGGAGGAGCUCGGGGUGCAGGCGGAGCGGGUGUUCCCCAUCUCCGCAGCUACCGGACAGGGUGUGAUGCAGCUGGUGCGGGCGGUGCGAGGAGUGCUGGAUGAGAUGGGCCCGGCGCAGGUAACGUACGAGACCAACGCCCUCAACCAAACCUCCGUACCCGCGCGCCGCAACAUUCGGGUCGACGACUUUACCGUUUCGCUGGAGGACCUGAGCAGCAGCGGCGGUUUCGGAGGUUACGGAGGCAGCAGCUCCGACGCACCUUCCAAACGUAUCUUUUACGUGGAAGGAGAGGGCAUCGAGCGCUUCCAACAGAUGACAAACUGGGAUUACUACGAAGCUGUACGGCGAUUCCAACGAGUGCUGGAGGUAUCCGGAAUCAAUGGAGCGCUGCGGGCCAAGGGUGUACGACAGGGCGACACGGUGGUUAUCGGUGACAUGGAGUUCAGCUGGAGCGAUGACAAGUCGGAUGCUGCUGUGUACGACGGUUGGGUACGGGAUAUGAAGGACCGGGGGGUGAAUAGGCAGGGCACGGCUCGUUGGCCACGACCCAACGUGGCGUGAGGAUGGUGAUGAUGGGGUUGUGGCUGGGGUGUUUGAUGUGGUGUCAUGACGGUGUGUGUGACCACGGUUUGUUUGUUUUUUAGGUGGUUCGUUGGUUGGGUCUUCCAAAUGCUGACGGUAUCACGAGCAGGUUUCGAGCAGGUGUAGGGUGAUGUGUGUUUUUACAGUCACUAGUUGACCUCAUGUGUCUUAUGAGCCGGUGUUCAGGUUAUUUGUGCUUGGUUAGAAAGGAAGGGAUAGGGAUGCUGGGAAUGGGAGGGGUUCUUGUGGUUCGAAUGCUGCAAUGGCAGGGUUAGGAUCCUCGAAAGGGGAGGGAGGUAGAGGCCUAGGGCUUAGAGGUGUGGCAUCAUAGGAUACGGUGGUACACUCGCAGUGAAGGGCAAUAUGGUACCAGGCAAUUGACCCCAGGGUGAAGGUGAGGUAUAGGGUGGGGUGUAGGGUGGAGCAGGGGUGCUACUGGUAGCUGGCCGCGUCGUCUUUCACGCCCUUGUUGGCUGGCUGGGCGUUCUAGUCUAACGGUAUCCUGACUGCUGGGAACUGACUGCUGGGGGCUGAGCUUCGAAAGAUACCGGUAUUUUACCCUAGCAACUACCGGUAUCUUGCCGUAUGUUGUUCCCUCUUAACGUACAGAUGGGACAAAACUGGCCGCGACGGAUGGGAAUGUGCAGGUUCUUAGGUUGCCGGCUCCUCGUACGGAGAACGACAAUUAGGUUGUUCAGCCUGUCUGGCCAUUCCUGUUAACUGUCUAAGACCCAUGUAGGUAUUGCAGUGAGUACGGCGCUCUGAACACAGGAAAUCACCGCGCUUAUUGCCCAUGUGUUUUCUUCAUCAUGUGCAAAUAGGUAGGC